AUGGAGUCGUCCGUCAGCGAAACCAUCCACGAGGUGGCACACGCCAUUACUGUCGUUAGCGGGCAGAAACGGUGGGUGGCCUUUCCCGAGACCACGGACGCGAAGGAGCGAACAAAGGCGGCGUUCGCUCGGCUCGGGCGGAUUCCUGGUGUUCUCGGGUGCGUCGAUGGCACCCUCAUCGCCAUCCGAAAGCCCCAUGGCCUGAGCCCCGCGGACACGGCGAACUACAUGUCGCGGAAGGGGUUCUACGCAUUGAACACCAUGAUCACAUGUGAUGCCGACCUCUGGAUUCUGGAUGUAAAUCCAUGUUUCCCGGGGUCAUGCCAUGACUCGUGGGUGUGGCGGACGAGCCCUCUCCGUCGGGACCUGGAAGCCGAACUGCGGCCUGGUGAAUGCUUGCUUGGAGACUCUGGCUAUCCAUUAGAACCGUGGCUCCUGACACCAGUGCCCGGACGACCAGCUAGUGGCACCCCUGAGAGCGACUGCAACAAGGCCCACACCGCCAUGCGCAAUGUUGUGGAGAGGUGCAUCGGGGUCCUAAAGAGCAGGUUCCGCUGCUUGCAGCGUUACCGGGCCCUGCUCUACAACCCCGAUCGAGCAGGAGCAGUUCGGGCCACAGAGAAAGGGGCCGAGGAGUGCACACCUCCUGUGUCUCUCCACUCGAUGAAGACCAGUCCCGGAGGCGCGAGCCCAACUGCGCUCUCUGUCCGCAUGUGUCGCCGCCACUGA